AUGGACCUACAACUGGACACAGAAAUACGAAGUGUUCUCAAAUUAGUCCGUGGCUCCUUUUUGCGCACAAAUGAAACGCCUCUCGAAAAAGCCAUUCAAGAACUCAAAAGGGUCACUGAGUCCGCUCAGAAUGCGACAGACACUAAUUACUCCAAGCGGCUGCUCGAUGAGAAGCUCAAGAGGCUCGGUGACUUUCCAGACCGCAAACAGUUCAAGGAGAUGAAGCAGCAACUCAACAGCCACUCCAAAUACCUGGAGGGUUUGGAGACAAAGUCAAAGAAACCGCGCAAGAGAAGCAUCAAGCUCCAAAGCAAUAAACUUCCGAAGCAUCCUCAAAAGCCCGUCAUUCCGGCACGAAAAGGGUUCACGCGCAGAGGCGCCAACAAAAAGAAGACUCUCAACACUGAUAGUCGAAACCUGCGUCUCGAGCGCACCAAGCGACAGCUUGAGAAGGAAAAUGUUUCAGCGCUUUAUGAAACGAGCAGACUGCGACAAGAGCUCCGAAAGGAGAAGAGGGCCCUGGCUAAAGAACGAUCUGAGAAUGCUCGAAAGAGCCUGGAGAUUGAUCUCUUGAGGAGCGACAACAAUAAUGCUUAUCAGAACCUGGACGAGAGCAAGACCGCUCUCAAAGAGGCUCAAGAGCGAUGUCGUGAGCUUGAAGCUUCUCUGCAAUCACAGAAUGAGGCCACUCAGACAGCGCAAGAUCCAUACACUGGAGAAUCCCCCACCACCUUAGACGAAAGCUUCGAUGAGGCUGGUGAUCUAGGUGAUAUGCUACCCUCAACACCGUGCUCUCCUGUCGGAAACAAAUCCAACGAGCAUGUGCAAAACAUUGCCACACCGCCACCAAGCCAAAAACGCCGCUCUUCGAUCAGGGCUCGCGCCGCAACACCACCAGAGACCCCUGCAGCUGGCCCUUCGAAUAGCAUUAUAUUGCUCGCUGAUUGUUUCCCAGUCGUGGAAGACGAAAACUUUGAUCUCGAGACGGAGGAGAUCAUGAUUGAUCACUUGAAAUCCGACAGAGUCUUCAGGCGCUUCAAAGAAUUCCUGAAGUCAGGGCAUGAGAACUCAUGGUUCUGUGUUGAAGAUAUCGUCAAGUAUGGAUACAGCUUUGGUUCAUGGAAUGACAACAUCUGUGAGAACGGGGAGCAUGAUGGUGUUCGCUGCAGGCAGGUCAAGGUUACUGUCGUUGAUUCUACCAGGCAUCUUUGCUUCAAACGCGAUGAGAGAGCGUGUGCGAACUCCUGGCAGGGCUGGGACGGAGGCGAAAUGGGUUGGUAGGACAGUUGAUUUUUUGAGCCAUAUUGGGGGACAUAUCUGUUGGAAGUCGAGAUUUCUGGACGGUUAUGUACUGGUGGUAUAUCGCUGUUGUGGACAAUGGAAUGUUAGGCAUUGUCAUUUCAGGGGCUUCACUUAAUACCCCUAUGACACCCUUAGCCACCUCCCCAGAUGUAUUUGUUACAAUGAUCUCACAAAUACGAUGAGAGUAACUUGAAUUUGCGAAAUGACCUAUACAAAAUGCUGUA